AUGUAUCCUGAGGUGUAUCUCCAAGUCUCUUUUGGUGGUACCAAGCUGUCGGAAUACAGUACAACUACCACUUCAUUACUCAUUACCGUUCCUCCAGGUUCCCAGAGUAGCCAACUUCUUGUUCAAACUCUCACUUCUCAAACCAUCUAUAACAAUAUCAUCUAUCUCAUCCCAUAUUUAAUAUCAGUAAAUCAAAGUUUGAUAAGCACCAGUCAGAGCUCACUUCAAAUUACCGGUGACUUUUUCCAAUCGAACCCUGGUCCAACAAAACAGAAAAUCUAUUUUGGAGACAUUGAGAUAUUGGCUGAUGUGCUGAGCAUGAACGAAAUUUCAUUUACUACACCAUCGGGUAUAGUUUCCAGAAAAGAUAUUCGUGCCUACAGUUAUCAACGUGAAGUCUUUUCCAAUGCCUUGUCAUUCAGCUACAACAGACCAACUGUCAUAUCGUUCACACAAAAUCAAACAGAAACCAAUGUAAUCACAAUCGAAGGAAGCGAUUUCGGUAUCUCCAGCUCUCUUUUAUCAGUAACCAACAAUAACAAUAUCAACUUUAACUUCACCUUUCUUUCAGUAAACAAUACACAACUAAUAGCCAUACUGCCCAAUACAAUUAUCACCAAUAUCUAUAACAUAUUUGUCGAUACACAACAAACAGUAGAUCCACUUUAUUUGAAUUUACAACCAACUAUACUACCUAUUUCAGCUAUAGCACCAGUGACAGGAGGACCCAUUCUCGUUAUAGGAUACUUCCUUCGAUACAAUACCAUCUAUGCCGGUAACGCUACUAUCAAAUGCAACAGCAUCGACGAGAACAAUUAUCCAGCUAGAAUGAUAUGUACCGUGCCAAUGGGAGCUGGUAGAUUCCAAGUUCACUCCGAAUCGGCUCUUGUAUCGACAAACAACAAAACUUCAAACUAUGUUAAUACCAAUUAUGUAUAUCCAAGCAUCGUCAAUGUAAACCCAAAGGUCUAUUUCGAAAACAAUGAAACGAUAUUUACUAUCUUUGGUAACAACUUUAUCGAUAUAGACUUUGUUUGGAAGAUCAAUAAUGAAGUGUGCAAUGUGACACAAGUCAACACAAGAAAUGCAACAUGUACUCUUACACCAAAGAUCAACGCCAACACAACAGUUAAUCCAAUAUCAAUUUUUGUUUCAGUUUCAGGACUAGCUGAUUACAGCAACUACACACUAUCAUAUUACACAAAACCAUGUUUAAAUGAUUGUUCAUCUCAUGGUCAAUGUAAUUAUACUGUUGCCGUUUGUCAAUGUGACCAAGGGUAUCAAGGUUCUGAUUGUUCUGAACAAACUCCAACUACAACUUCAGGAACUACAACCACUGUAACAACGACCACCACUGGAACUACAACCACCGGAGCUACAACUACCGGAGCUACAACCACUGAUAUAAACUCAUCUAAUCAAUUAUCAUUCAACUUUAUCCUUACAGCUUUACUAUUAAUUAUUGUAAUAACAACAACUCUCAAUAAAUAA